AAUCGCAGGAGCUUUUGUUAUGCUACUCUAAGUGAAGGAGCUGUGAUGUCCUCUUGUACAGAAACUCGAAGAAGACAAACUAACACCGACCACGAAAAUGAAGAGCUUUCAUGGGACCAGAGUAGUGUCAGAGCUAAUGCUGGUGUUAGUGGUUAUCCCUACAGCUCCUGUUGUGAUCAUGUGUGUGGAAAUGACCAGCAAGUCAAUACCACUGACGGUCACCUGCAUUUGCCCUGCUGCCCUUACAGACCCCAAUACACAAACAAAGGACAUAGUGCACACACAACUAAUGAAACAUGGGAAGAAGUAUUAUGCAGUAAGACCACUAUAAGUGCUGAAAAUGAGGUGGAGGCACAAAAACUUGCCAAUAAUUACAAGUUCGGAUUUAGGAAAUGGAAAAGCCAUGUGACUGAGCGACCUUUUGAGGACAGAUCAGAGAUUGUGAAGGAGCUCUACUCAGAGCUCAACAUCAUUAAAACAAACACAGGCACUUUAAUUACAUGUGGCAAUGUUUUGUAUAUAUUCAUAUUCGGUUGGUGGAUCUCUCUGGUCUACCUUUUCAUUGGUAUCCUGAUGUACAUCACCAUUAUUGGAGUGCCUCAUGGUAAAUUGUGCUUCAGACUGUCCUGUUACUUUCUGUGGCCAUUUGGAAAAGCAAUACAGAAGGCGAGUUGUCCACUCUCAAACGUUGGUGCGAAACCCCACAAUGAUUUACUAGGUGAAGGGGAUGAGGGUAAGGCAGACUCUCCGUUACUGAGGCCCCCCACUGUGAUGGAAAACAUAGAGGAAUCACCCAGGCCUCCAGAGCAGCACUACUGGAAUCAUCUGAGUGUGUAUGUGUGGGUGCUUCUGGGAUAUCCUCCUCUGGUUGUGGCUCAUGGUGUGUUGUGUGUUCUCUCCUGGCUCUUGGUCUUCACCAUCCCCGUCGCCAAAAUGAGCAUCCGAACCCUGAGCAAUGUCUUGCUAAUAGCCCCUGAGCAUGUCCUCAUAAACGAUGACACUAGGGAAGGUGGUCAAGCCAUUCUGUGCUGCUACCAUGCGGUGAAUAUCUAUUACUACAAGUACAAGGUUGAUGGGAUCAAUAUUUUUGCCGUCAAUCUCAUUCCUUUGGUUGUUGUCUCUCUGGUGAUUGGCUAUGUGGAUCAGGACAACCAGUUUGCCAGUGCUGAGGUUAAGUUCACCACUGCCAUAGGUUCACUCAUCCCGUUGUCUUAUUAUAUAGCAAUGGGCAUAGCCAGUAUAUCAGCUCAGAGUAACUUUGCAGUCGGAGCAGUGGUCAAUGCCUCGUUUGGCUCGAUCACCGAGCUUACCUUUUACAUCACAGCCUUGCUUAGGGGUCAUCACCAGAGCAACAUGUGCCUGCAGGAGAUCGUGAAAGCAGCAUUGACUGGGACGUUGCUCGGGUGUAUUCUGUUCAUCCCGGGGAUCUGUAUGAUCAUCGGAGGGCUAAAACACAGGGAACAGAGGUUUAAUAGCCGUUCAGCCGGAGUCAGUGCGUCUCUACUUUUCAUAUCUGUCGGAGGUGUGUUUGCCCCUACUCUCUUCUCUAAAGCUUAUGGAAAUCUGGUGUGUGAAGGCUGCACUAAUUCCUCAGGGACCAACAGUAGCAAUGGGACUUUCACCUGCAGGAACUGCCACUACGACCUGAACGGAGACAACUAUAGCCUGUUUCCUAGCCAUAUAGCACCCCUGGUGUACACGGUGUCGGUUCUGCUGCCGGUGUCUUACAUCAUCGGCCUUCUGUUCACUCUGAAGACUCAUUCGCACAUCUAUGAUAUUCACGUUGGGGACGGAGGUGCAGGGCAUCUAGGCGCAGUGGUGCAUUGGUCUCGCUGGAGAGCUCUGCUGAUCCUGAUCGUAGCCACAGUGCUCAUGUCUGCCUGCGCUGAUCUCAUCACUGAGCACAUCCAGCCCAUACUGAACAACCCGAACAUCUCCCAGUACUUUAUAGGUGUGACAGUUUUGGCCAUGGUUCCUGAAAUACCAGAGAUAGUCACUGGUAUACAGUUUGCACUUCAGAAUAAUAUCAGCUUGAGUUUAGAGGUCGGGAGCUGCAUUGCGGUUCAGGUUUGCAUGAUUCAGAUCCCCAUAUUGGUCCUGUUCAACGCCAUUUACGAUGUUGGCUUUGUGCUCAUCUUCAGUGACCUUCAUCUGUGGGCCAGCAUCUUCAGCGUCAUCCUCGUCAACUACAUCUUCAUGGACGGAAAGUCUGAUUACUUUCAAGGUACGGCUCUCGUGAUCGUCUAUCUCAUCCUCCUCGCUCUCUACUUCUUUGCUCCUUCACCAGCAGGUUGUUAAUAUAAUACGAAGACUCGCCUACUCAUGUUUGCUCGUUUCUGUGCUAAAUCAACAUAUUAAAGUGCUUCUGCAGUAAAACAUCAUUACAUUCUGGAUUGACACUGACUGAUGCAGAAAUGAAUUACAAUGAAAACUUACAAUGAAAUUACAAUGACACACCGGUACAAGUAAUCAUUUAUUUGCCUAAAUUAUGUUGUUACUGAAGUUACUUAGUAAGAUUGAUGUUUACUUAGUGAGACUGUAUGCAUGUGCUGGAUAAAGUAUGCUGAAAGUGUUCUGUAUGUAAAACAGUGAGGAUCUUUGAGUCUCAGAGCUCUCAUUAUGUGUGUGUGUGUGUGACAGAGAGAGAGAGAGAUUUCAUAAACAGACUUUUUAGAAUGGCACCUUUAUUUGACUAUGUGCUAAUGGUGCAGCUCAUGGUACAAAGUUUUAUAAAACUGGUUAUUGAUUAAGCAUGUUUAAGCAAUACGACGUUGACCCUUUGUGUGUUUUCUGUCUAAUGGGCAACAAAUGCACAUCUCCAUUUAAAAAAAAUAGAUUUUUUAUAUACUUUUUUUAAUCAUAGCCUAAUAUAUUCAACAAGUAAAAAUAACCAACUGAAUCGUAUCUUUGUCUUUUUUAAAUUAGAUAAAAUUCCAUAUAAUAAAUUAAUAUUAACAAUGA